GUUCCCGCCACAGCUGCUGAGGAAGAUCAGUGUGUGAUCAUGUCUGGCAGAGGCAAGGGCGGGAAGGGGCUCGGCAAGGGGGGCGCCAAGCGCCACCGCAAGGUGCUGCGCGACAACAUCCAGGGCAUCACCAAGCCGGCCAUCCGCCGCCUGGCGCGGCGCGGCGGCGUCAAGCGCAUCUCGGGGCUCAUCUACGAGGAGACGCGCGGCGUGCUCAAGGUCUUCCUGGAGAACGUCAUCCGCGACGCCGUCACCUACACCGAGCACGCCAAGAGGAAGACGGUCACGGCCAUGGACGUGGUCUACGCGCUCAAGCGCCAGGGACGCACCCUCUACGGCUUCGGCGGCUAAAGUAAUCUGACGUUAGACUGCGCUUUUAAAACACCCCAAAGGCUCUUUUCAGAGCCACCCACGCUGUCAAUAGGAGAGCCCUUAUCACUGUUGUUGAGUUAUGAUAGUUGAGCUUGGGGGCUUCGUUGUUUUCAUCGUAUUCCCUGUGUGUAAUAAGUUGUUCAAAGGUGAAGUGAUUU